AUGUGUAAGUCUUGUCGAUGCGGUCGUUCUGUGCCGCGACGAUCUUUCGUCGCGCGCACCGACCACACCCGACCACACCACACCACACCACACCACACCACACCACAGCGCGUCACCAAGAUGGCCCCUUGGUGGCUUCGGUCGUACGGCCAACGGAUGCCACAACAGAGAUGCUAGUCCCCAAUGAUCUUUCUUGCAACUCGACUAACCCUGCCUUGCCUUCCACCGCUCGUUCGCCCGACGUUGAACGUUGAUUGCUCUGCGCUGCUCGGUGGCUCGGUGGCUCCUUUGCCCCUUCGCAGGCGGAGUGCUUGGCGUCCUGCUCGCGAACCAGGCGAGCAACUCGGCUGGCGAACUCGCAGAAGGAUUGCAGCUCUUGCAACAUCGUGGGUAUGUCGAGCGUCCAGAUCCGAUUUGCUGUUCGAAGAGCCUCGACAAGCACAUGGCACCUGCGCUGACACGCUUGCGCGCUUCCUGUGCUGCUGACCAACGCGCACCAACGCGCACCAACGCGCCCUUGCAGCCAGGAUGCAUGCGGUAUCGUCACGUGCGGGCCCAAAGGUCGCUUCUUCCAGUGCAAGUCCAACGGAAUGGUCAGGGACGUGCUCGAUGCCAAGUCCUUGUCCCAGUUGAUCGGUUCGAUGGGUGUCGGUCACGGUCAGUCGCUUCGAAGCAGCUUUCGCUCCCGGCUCGCUUCUCCCCGUCCCGUCCUCGAGACCGAGACUGAUUUCUCUGCCGCCUCGAUCCAAUAGCUCGCUACCCCACCGCGGGAUCGUCGGCGCACUCCGAGGCUCAACCGUUCUACGUCAACUCGCCGUACGGUAUCGUUCUGGGACACGUGAGUCGAGUACUAACUAAUCCUCCGCCGUUCGCCAAUCAGCGCGCUGACAGCUCUUCUCGACCUCGUACCGCCACAGAACGGCAACCUGACCAACACGCAGCACUUGCGGUACUACCUCGACCACUACGCCCACCGACACAUCAACACCUCGUCCGACUCUGAGCUCUUGCUCAACCUGCUCGCCGACGCCCUGCAAAAGACGGGCAAGUUCCGCAUCGACUCGGACGACAUCUUCCGUGCCCUGCGCGACGUGAUGCACACCACCUCGGGCGCGUACGCCUGCGUCGGCAUGAUCGCCGGCUUCGGCAUCGUCGGGUUCCGUGACCCCAACGGCAUCCGACCCCUUGGCUGGGCCAAGAGAAAGAGCGAGACCAUCCCCGGUGGAUACGACUACCUCAUCGCGAGUGAGAGCGUCGUCUGCGACGCGCUCGGCUUCAGCGAAUGGGUCGACGUCAACCCCGGAGAAACCAUCAUCAUCAACAAGACGGGCGUCGUCAUCCAACAAUGCAUGCCCCCUCGCACUUUCGCGCCCGACAUGUUCGAGUACGUCUACUUUGCUCGCCCCGACUCGGUCCUCGAUGGCAUCUCGGUCUACCGAUCGCGCAUGGCGAUGGGCGACGCUUUGGCCGAAAACGCCCGCGCGCGCCUUGCCGAGGCCGGCAUCAAGGUCGACGUCGUCAUCCCCGUCCCCGACACGUCUCGCGUUGCUGCCCUGCAAGUCGCUCAAAAGCUCGACGUGCCCUACCGCGAAGGCUUUGUCAAGAACCGUUACGUCGGCCGAACGUUCAUCAUGCCCGGCCAAGAGAUCCGACGUAAGAACGUGCGCCGCAAGCUCAACGCGAUGGCGUUGGAAUUCAAUGCAAAGGUCGUCCUGAUCGUCGACGACUCGAUCGUGCGAGGUACGACUUCGAAGGAGAUCAUCCAGAUGGCUCGGGACGCGGGAGCGAAGAAGGUUAUCAUGGCCAGUUGCGCGCCGCCGAUCCGAUACCCGAAUGUGUACGGUAUCGACAUGCCCUCGCGCUUCGAGUUGGUCGCCCAUGGUCGAACGGAGGAGGAGAUUUCGCAAACGAUCGGUGCCGAUUUGACCAUCUUCCAGACGCUCGAUGACCUCGUCAAGUCAUGCGGCCAGUUCAACCCCAACAUCAAGGAUUUCGACUGCUCCGUCUUCACGGGCCAGUACGUAACGGGUGGUGUCGACGAGUCGUACUUGGCCGGGUUGGAAUCGCUGCGAUCGGACAACGCCAAGAUCAAGGCCAACGCCGCAGCAGGUCGACCACCGAUGACGAACGUCAACGCCGCGAACCAAAAGGAAACGGGGGGCGCGCCCGUCAUCGCGAAUGAAGCCAGUGGAGUCGAAGGUGCUUCGGCCGUCGAGAACCUCGGGUCGAAUGGGGCGAGUGUCGUAACGGCGUCGGGAGCGAUGAAUGAAGUUCACUCGGGUACGGGGGAUGAUGAUUCUCAGGUGGUCGGCUUGACCAAUGCGGGGCAGCAUGAUACAGAACACCCCGAUUUGAGCGUCGGGUUAUCCAACCUUGGCGAGCGGUGA